AUGAAGAAGUAUUCUUUGAGUUCUUCACCAUCCACGUCACAUUUCGACCUUUCACCAGUUUAUCAACAGCAGUUAUCAAAAAAACAAAAUUGGACAGUAGGUCGAAAAACCCAUCAAAUAAGGCAGGUUUUCGCGUAUAUUUUGUAGGCAAUUCUUUUUUACCAAAAACAUUUCAGUUUUUCGGGCGUCGUGGCUUCGUUACUUCUCGGAAACACUAAAUAUUAUUUGAAUGCUACGUGGAAUUUCAAAGAGUUUUUUGAAAAAGCAUAUUUUUGCGGGUACUUGAGGUUUCUCCGAUUGAUUUUUGAUCGUAGGAAAUAUUGUUCCGAAAUUGUAAGAUUGAAUGCAGCUGGAUGUCAGAUCAGGUUUGUGAAUUGGGUGUGGUUGGACCAGAGAUUAAUUGAAUUUUCGUUAUUUUUUUCCACCUAAUAACUAUAUAGAAAAAAAUUCAAUGAAUUUGAGAAACAGAGCAGAAGAAAGGCUACUAAAACAUACCAAUUUUUCCAGUACUCCCAAAAACUUCCUGGAAGAUUUCAACACAACCUUCGGUCCCGAAAUCCUCGACAAAAUCUUCCAAUUUCUUCCAUCCGAAGAUCAAAAAACUGCUCAACUCGUCUGCCGUCAAUGGAAAAACCUUCUAGACGCUCGAAAAAAUCAAUAUGCCAAAAAACAGAUUUCCUCACUGUCCGUAUCAUAUAAUCGAAAAAUUGUGCGCAUUUCGAAAUCUUCGAAUAGUUUGGAGAUUUUUGGAGGAUCAAUGAAAAAGGCGGAUUUGGCAAAUUUCGGAAAUUUGAGAAUCACAAAUAUGGAUUUGAGUAUUCAUGGGGUUCUCGAUGAUGUAGAUAUUUUAAAUAUGAAAAAUAUAUAUGUACAAUUUUUAUCGAUUUAUUUUUAUAAUGGUUUUCAAGAUCAAGAUCGAAGGUCAGUUUUUCUCUUCAGGAGGAAUUUAUUUAAAUAACAAAGAAGUACCGUUUUUUUUUCAGAAUAAUGCAAAACUUUGUCAAUCAACUCGCAGAAAAUCGGUAUGUUCAGAACCUUCAAUUAAUUUGCUUUGGAAAUCAAUUUCCAACUUGGUUUGAAACUUUUAUUCAAACUUCGAAUAUUGAAAAUGUACAAUUUCGAUGCUACUAA